CCUUUAAAAUAUACAGACAAACAAUCUAAUGCAAUUAUCAAUCUUCCCAUCUGGGGUUAAUAGAAUCCCAAAUUGCCCUAUUGGAAUUUUGAACCUUUUCAACAUUUGUCUUCUUCUUCUUAUCGUUUCAACCCCAACAAUUCAGGGUAUGAGAGUACAUCCUCUCUCCCUGAAACCAAACAUUGGCGGAAUUGAUUCUAAUUUUUCAGAACAGCAACAACACAUUCCUAAUUCCGCAAUGAAGAAACUCCGGAGACUUCCUCACGUAUUUAACUACUUUCUGGAAUUGCCGUUCUGUUCUGAUGCAGAUGUGGUGGUGGAAGAGAAGGAAGGAUUCUUCCGUUUCGUGGCAAGAAUCGAACUAGAAGGAGCUGGGAAUGGACAAUUGAAGGCACAGGCAGUAGAGAUUCAUCCUGGGGUAACGAAGAUCGUUGUGAGAAAGGGAAAUGGAGACGGUGAUGAGGAUGAACAAUUGAAGGUGGAUACAUGGAGGUACAGGUUGCCUGCUUCGGCUAUGCCCGAGCUGGCCACGGCGGUAUUUGUGGACGGAGAGCUUAUAGUGACGGUGCCCAAGGAUGACCAUGGCCGUGGAGAGUUUGAUAAUGGAUCUAGAGGUGUUUGGAGAGACGUUGACCAACUUGUUCUCGUACAAUAGUUAACUUUAUCAUAUUUGAUGUAUCAAUUAAUCAUGUAUACGAUAUACCUAAACUUCAGCCAUAUAAAACUUCAAACAUUGUAUAAAGUUGCACUUUGUCAAAUAUAAAACUUCAAGUAUAAAGUUACACUUUGU